AGUCUUGUUUAUUUUGUUAUUUGCCGUUGCGAAAAAAAUCGAUUAAAAUUUUCUAAAUUUAUGGAGACAGACAGACAACUCCUGGAAUAUUUAAUAUUUACCAUCAAGUUGGGAAUAAGUAAACGAAAAUACUCUUCGAGCUCAACGAUCUCACGUGAUUAGUGUCCAAAAACUGACCCUGAGAAUUGGUGGAAGUAUCGCGUAAAGUAUAGUUUUAUCUUUUUGCUUUUGGGAUUUCAGUGUGCAGCCUUGUAACCGUCGUGCUUAAAAAUAUUAAUUAUUGAAUAAAUAAAGUGAGUCUGUGUGUGCAGAACGGUGUGGAUUCCGACGUAGCGACUUGAAUUAACACAAACAGCAGCAGGCUCAUCAGGACCAGGAUGCCAUUGAAGCAAGCUCAAAGGAGGGCCUCGCAUCGUACUCCCUCGAUGCAAAAGCUGGGCAAAGGAGAACCCGUCGACAACGAGGAGUUCGAGGCAUGGGUCAAGGCAAAGCAGCUGUUGAAACCGGACGAUCAACUGGAACUCACCGAAGCCGAACUUGGCGAGGAAAUUCCUAAGCUUCUGUCCACAGAGAACCGACAUCUUCCGCGGAAUUUGGUCAUCUUCAAUUUCCACGAUGGAGCCUAUGUUCCCGUUCCUCCACCGGAGAAUACUGUAACUCUGUUGGAGUUUGAGGGAACAGCUUUGCAUAAGGAGGCACCCGAAGCAAAGGAACAAAUCGCCCGGAAAGGAAGUGAUGAACUGAACGUCACCUUAGACAAACCGGCCGAAGCAAUUUCGGAAGAGGAGAAAGCUUUAACGCCCAAGUCUGAGACACCGGACGGCGAUGAAACUGAACGGGACGAAGAUGAAGCCGAAGCUGAAGCGGAAGCACAGGAUCAGGAGGAAGAAGUACAAGCUGCUCCUGAAGAGGAAGCACCGAAAAAGAAACUGACCAAUCAGUUCAAUUUUUGCGAGCGUGCUGCACUGACUAUUGCUAAUCCGUCGAGGGCCGUCGAUACUCAAACCAUUCCCCCACCGCGUUCCUCGUUCGGCGCGAGCGUCCUACAGUGGGUGAUUUACGACUCGUAUGCCGAGGACUACGCUCAGCAGCAGCGCGAGAAGGAACGGGAAAAGGAAAAGAAGCCAACACUGCACAAGCGGGACGAAAAGUCGCGCAAGGACGACAAGGCCAAGCAAACGGAGGAGUUUAAUAAGCGCUAUUUGCAGGCAUGCCAAAUCAUCGAGCGGAUGGUUAAUCAAAACAUUUACGAUGAAAUCGCGCGGGACUAUCGCUACUGGGAGGAUCCGUCGGAUGAGUUUCGCGAGGAGGAAGGUACUCUGCUACCACUGUGGAAGUUUUCCUACGAGAAGACCAAGAAGAUGUGCGUCACAGAUUUGUGCUUCAACACGCUCUACUACGACCUGUUUGCCGUCUGCUUUGGAACAUUGGAUUUCAUGAAACAAGGCAACGAGGGAGCUGUCUGCUUAUUCACAAUAAAAAACCCAUCAUUUCCCGACUACAGAAUAACGACCGAGAGCGGGGCGAUGUGCUGCGAUAUCCAUCCCAAGUACCCGUACUUGAUAGCCAUUGGGUUGUAUGAUGGGAACGUGAUUGUAUACAAUCUCCAGGUCGGCACCAAGGAGCCCGUGUACAUGUCCCACGGCGUCAACGGGAAGCACUCGGAAUGCGUCUGGGAACUCAAGUGGGGACCAGACAUGCAGGACGGAGAGAUCAAUUUCUAUUCGGUUUCCGGUGACGGGCGCGUAUUCAAUUGGGUUUUGAUGCAGAACAAGCUUGCGAUUACCACGAUAAUAUCCUUGUUUCUGGAUAUCGAACAGGUCGGUGGACCGGAUGGAAGCAGUCUGAAGCUGAAGGGAUGUGGCAUGUGUAUGGUUUUUCAUCCGAACAACUCGGAGAUUUUCCUAGUUGGUACAGAGGAGGGAUACAUUUUCAAGUGCAGUACGGCGUACAGUUCCAAAUAUCUGAUGACCUAUUACGCACAUUAUCUGUCGGUGCACCGGAUGGACUAUAACAAGUUCAAUUCAAACAUUUUCGCAUCCUGCAGCGGUGACUGGCGGGUCAAAAUAUGGGAGGACAUGAGACCCGAACCGUUGUUCAUUUUCGACCUGGGUGCCUCGGUGGGUGAUGUCAAGUGGGCACCGUACUCGAGUACCGUGUUCGCCGCGGUUACCACCGAGGGGAAGGUGUUCGUGUUCGAUUUGAACGUUAACAAGUACAAGGCGAUCUGCAUCCAAGCCGUCGUUUCCAAGCGGAAGAAUAAAUUGUCCCGGCUGGCGUUCAACCAUAAGCUACCGUUUAUCAUUGUCGGAGAUGAUAAGGGUACAACAAUAACGCUGAAGCUGUCGCCAAAUUUGCGUCUCAAAACAAAGGCACCGAAAAAGGCCGUUCCAGUGGAUCCCCACAUGUUGGAGGUGCAGAAGCUAGACCGCCUCCUGUCACUGGUACGAGAACUUCCCGAGGGAGAAAUGGUGAAGGAAACGGUUUCUACUGUGGCUUCAAACUAAGUGAUCUCAGCAAGACAGUAGGAAUGGUGAUGGUUUUAGCAAACAGAAACAAAUGGAUAUUUAGUCGUUUGUA